CUGACCCUGCAUCUGACGUGUCUGAAACAGUGUUGCUGUGGUGGUGGGAUUUCACUGGAGGGGAGUUAAUCGUCAAUUUAAGUAUUGUCUGAUAGCAAGAUGCUAGACUUCUUCACCAUCUUCAGCAAAGGGGGGAUAGUGCUGUGGUGUUUUCAGGGAGCCGGGGUCACCGAAUCCUUCACGGGGCCGGUCAACGCUCUGAUCCGCUCCGUGAUCCUUCAGGAGCGCAGUGGGAACAAUUCAUUUACUCAUGAGAAACUGAGUCUUAAAUACAAGCUCGACAAUGAGUUUGAGUUGAUUUUUGUGGUGGGUUUUCAAAAGAUCCUGACGCUGACAUAUGUGGACAAGUUUAUAGAUGACGUUCAGCUUCAUUUUAGGGAUCGUUAUAAGAAUGAGCUGGAGCAAAAGGGGGCUUUGAAGCUUCUCAACAACAGCUUUGAAUUUGAGGAUGACUUCAAGGUGCUUCUCAGAGAUGCGGAGGAAAGCAGUAAAGUUCGAAGUCCUGCCCAAAUGCGAUCCUUUAAGGAGUCUGAAAAAUCCCAAAAAACUGUGAAGUCGAUGAUUGAGACGAAAGGUGGAGACAAAGGCAAGGAACAGGGUGGCAAGAAGAGUAAAAAUACCAAAAAGGAGGCUCCUGCAGCUGAGCCUGCCAAGGGGGAUCAAAGCAAGGCCUCACCCCCUGGCCAGAAAAUGGUUGAAAAUGGUAACCAGGGCUUGACUGCUGAUGAGAUCAUGCAAAAGAAGAGAGAAGAGUUUUUCCGCAAACGCAUGGUGGGAACUGCUGAAAAGCCCAGUCACAGUAAGUCCCCAAAGCCUCAGAAGCCUCGGGAGAAACAAAUGCGUGUUUGGGACAUGGGUGGUAGCAGCACCAAGAACCUGGACUACAGCGAAAGGAAUGGAGAUGGUUCUUCCAACGGUGGUGAACAGAACCAGGAAGCACAAAUUGACCUGGGAAUGCAGCCAAGCUCCAUGAAGGGAGACCUCUUGUCUGUGGAUUACGAAUCUAGUGAGGAAGAGGAGAUGGAGGAGGAAGACGAGGAAGUGGUUGUCAGUGAAACAAGUAAGACAAGCUCCAAGAAGGGUGGCGGUUUUGGGGGAAUGUUUGGGAUGCUGAAGGGUCUGGUGGGCUCCAAGAGCUUGUCCCGAGAGGACAUGGAGCCAGUGCUGGAGAAGAUGAGGGACCACCUCAUCGCAAAGAAUGUAGCAGCCGACAUUGCCUCCCAGCUCUGUGACUCUGUAGCCAAAAAACUGGAGGGCAAAGUCAUGGGCACAUUUACCACUGUGGCCUCAACAGUAAAGCAGGCCCUGCAGGACUCACUGGUGCAGAUCCUGCAACCCAAGCGAAGGGUGGAUAUUCUGAGAGAUGUCAUGGAGGCGCAGAGCCAGCGAAGGCCUUUUGUCAUUACAUUUUGUGGUGUCAAUGGGGUUGGAAAGUCCACCAACCUGGCAAAGAUCUCCUAUUGGCUGAUAGAGAACGGAUUCACUGUGCUAAUCGCAGCCUGUGACACAUUCCGUGCCGGGGCAGUGGAGCAGCUCCGAACUCAUCAGCGCCGCCUGAACUCUCUGCAUCCCCCAGAGAAACAUGGAGGUCGGCCGGUAGUCCAACUCUAUGAGAAAGGCUACGGGAAAGAUGCAGCUGGAAUUGCUAUGGAGGCCAUUGCCUAUGCCCGCAAUCAGGCCUUUGAUGUAGUGCUGGUGGACACUGCUGGGCGUAUGCAGGACAAUGCCCCCCUAAUGACAGCCUUGGCCAAACUUAUAGCAGUCAACAUGCCUGACCUGGUGCUGUUUGUUGGGGAGGCUCUGGUGGGCAAUGAGGCAGUUGACCAGCUGGUGAAGUUCAACCAGGCUCUGGCAGACCACUCCAUGUCUGACAAGCCUCGUCUCAUUGAUGGCAUUGUACUCACCAAGUUUGACACUAUUGAUGACAAGAUGGGUGCUGCCAUCUCCAUGACUUACAUCACAGGCCAGCCUAUUGUGUUUGUGGGCACCGGGCAGACCUACAACGACCUGCGCAGCCUCAAUGCCCGCGCCGUGGUCAGCGCCCUGAUGAAGGCUUAAGUGGCCGCAUGUUCUGCUGUUUAUUCAUCGUUGCAAGGAAGCCAGCAACACCUUUGCCACGCUGCCAUGAGUUGUUCCAGCCCUGCUAGCCUGCAUUUCUCAUGUUCCUGCCAUGCCCUCUCUACUUUGCAUCAAAUGAAUGAACUCAUGUUACACACAGGACUUUGUUCUCCCAGUGCAGGACAAGUGUGCACGAUAAAAGACCGAAUAUUUUGCAACAAAGUCAGAGGAGCCUCCCUUUGCGUUAUUUCUAAACAUUUGGGCCAAAUUAGAAAGUACCUCAGAUAAGCUGGUGUUCUGAAACCAUGAAGUCCAAUCUAAAUGACAUUUUAGCUGACAAAAUGGACCUAGGCUGUGUCAUCAUUUUACUGGCUAACACAGUAAAAACUUGAACAAAAAAUUCUACCUGGCAUUUUGUCAGUCAGUUUUCCCCUCUUUAUGUAAAUGAGGUCAGGCUGUGAAGGCUUGCUGGAUGUGACAUUUCAACAGCUGCCUGUGCCUGAGGAAAGCUAAUUGACCAUAGUGCCUAUCUGUCUCCUGUGUUCUUAGUUUCUACUUUCACUAUAUGGAGGGUUACCUACCAGGAAUACCAUGCCAGUUCAGAUCAGAAACCAUAUCUUCUAGUCUAGCUGAGAAAACGGUGUGCAGCUGAGCACAGAGCACUUAACAGGGUAGUCCAUGUUCUCCUGUCAAAAAAGUAAUGAUCAAGUAAAAGUCUGGGCUCAAUUGAGGCAGAUCCUUAGUAAACAAAAACGGCCAGUGCAUCAGUAUCUCCUAACUACCUACCUAUCCACUAACUGUCGAUCACUAGUUUCAGUUGGAUUUUUCUAUGAAAUUAAUCUCCCACAGCUGCUCACAUACCUAACAGUUAGCACAUUUUCAAUACAAAAUGGAGCCUUGGAUCCUUCAGUUUAUAGCUCAUGAAUAGUAGAAGGAUAUUUUGUAAAUUAGUUUUUUAGUUCCAACAGAGUGCCCAUUGAUUUCAGGCUACAUUUUGUAUGUUUCAAUUGAAGUUCUAUGGCCCUUUAAUUUAUUUUUUCCCCUCUGAUUUAUUCUUCAUUUACAAGAGGAAAUAUAAGUCUUAAAUAACUCUACCCCCUCUAAAUUGUGGUAGUGCAAUAUGAGAGAAUCAAGAGUUAUACUGAAGAUUUGAGCUAAUUUAUGAGAAUGUAAACGUUUCUAAAUAAAGCUGCUAUAUGCUGUGACAGCCGGUAACAUG